GUCAUCGAUUCGAAGAGAAAUAGUGUUUAUUUUAUUUCCACCAACAUGAAACAGUUUAAAAAAGUAUGUUGCACUGCAUUUAUUCUGAUGGUAUUUUAUUUAGCAAACACAGAUGGCUUUCUUCAACGAACAACUCAAGAUUCUGGAAAAGAAGAUUCUAAUGGUUUUAGAUUCAAGCAUCAACUUCGCACACAAUCCGAUGUAACCAACCAAAGAAAUGUUGAUGCACAACGACUUUUCUUUGAAGGUACUCUGAGACAGUCCGACAACCGUCGAAAUUUCGAUGUACGAAGUAACAGAAACCUGCAAGAACGUGACAGUAGAGACAAUUCUCGAGCUACACAUACCAUACGCAGUUCCAGAGACUCCAUAAGAACAUCGGAGAAAUACGCACAAACCAACGAACGAGACCAUUUAAUGAAGAAUUCCCGAGAAAAUGUUGACCGCAUUAGAGAACAUCAAGACGGAAGGCAGUCAAGAAUUUCUCGAGAAAUCAGUGAUGAGACCCGAAACGUAGAUCGACGCGUAGAAGAAUCCAGAGCUUCCGAAAUACGCAUUUCAUCAAAUACGCAAAGACGAGAAUCCAAGCAAUUUAGAGAAUACCAACAAAGAGAAAAUAUCCGAGAUGAAACCCGAGACUCACGAGUAUCCCGACUCCGUGAAUCUAGAAACCAAGAUCAACCACAACGUAGAGAAUCGGAAGAAAGAGAAUCAAGACUUGAAGAGAACUUAAGAAUUAAUGAAGAUAUCAGAACAUCUCCCACAAUGCGUUCCUUCAGAGGUCAAUUUACUGAAGAUAUUCUAUCAAAUCGACGAAUCGUUCAACUCUCUAAACAAGGCAAAACCAGGAAUUUUAGACAAAUCCGCGAAGAGGACCAGGUGCAAUAUACUGACACUAUAGACGAAAACCGAGAUAAAGUCAGGGAUUCAAGAAUAUUCCGGUUGAGAGAAUCUCGUAAUCAGCAACAACGCGAAGAAUUUAGAGAAAGAGAGUCAAAGGCUCGUGAAAUUAAUUCAAGACAUGAUGAUGAAACUAGAAUUUCUCUUAGGCGCCGUUCCACUAAAGAAAUUCUAAGAAAUCGUCGUGAUGUUCAGAUCCUUAAUGAAAAACUAAUUAGGAAUUCCCGUCAAAGUCGCGAUGAUAUUGGACUCUCCAGGGAACGCCAACAACGUGACCAAGCUAGAGAUUCAACUAUAUCCCAACUGAGGCAAUUCUGGAAUCAAGAACAAAGACGACGUGAAGAGUCCAGAAAAAUUGAAUCAAGACUUCGCGAAAAUAAUUUGCGGAAUCGUGAAGAAACUUCUGAAGAUCGUCGUCAUAUCCAACUCUCCAGAGAAGAAGAAGAAACUAGGAACUUCCGUCAAAGUCGUGAUGAAGGACAGCGGCGUGAAUAUAACCGAGACCAAAUCAGGGAUUUAAGAACUUCCCAAUUGAGGGAGAUCCGUGAUCAAGAUCUAAGACAAAGUCAAGAGCCCACGGCAGAAGAAUCAAGACAUCAGGCGAAUAAUUUAAAAGAGCGUGAAGAAAUUAUAAGAGAUCGUCAGGAGAGAUCCAGAGAAGGAGAAACUAGGAACACUCGUCAAAAUCGCGAUGUAGAACGUCAACGUGAAGAUAUUAGAAUUUUCAGGCUCCGAUAUGAAAGAACUCUACGAGAUAUUCGACUCGCCAGAAUGCAACGUGCACAGUUGAGAGAAAGGGAAUCAAGGCUUCGUGAAAACAAUCGCGAAGAUACUAGAACUUCUCUUUUAAUGCGUAGUUUCAACCGUCAAUCAUCUGUAGAAUCUUUGCGAGAGCAUCGUAAUGCUGUACUUUCUAGAGAAGAAGAAAAUCGGAAUUCUCGUCAAAAUCGCGAUUUGGAACAGCGGCGUCGGGAAGGUUCGGAAGCAACUGGAUUUGGAGAACAACGUCAACGCUCAGAAUCUAUAGAACGUGAAUCAAGACUACGAGAAGAUAAUCUUAGAAGUCCUAAAGAAACUAGAGUCUCUCUUAGACGUCGAUCCUCUGAAGAAACUCUGCGAGAUGCUCGUGCCUCCAGAGAACAACGUAAAGAAAUGGGAGAAAGGACAUCAAGACUUCGUGAAAAUAAUUUGAGAAGUCAUGAAGAGAUCAGAGCUUCCUUUUUGAUGCACACUCUUAAACGCCAAUCACCUGAAGAAUCUGUACGAGAUCGUCGCAGUGUCCGAUACUCUAGAGUAGAACGUGAAAACGCCAGACAAAAUCGUGACCACGAAGAUUCAAGAGCAUAUCCAUUUAGAAAACAACUUAAACGUGAAAAAUCCGGGGAUCUCGAAGUCAGAACAUCUCUUUUAAUGAGUACUUUGGCACGUAAAUCAUCUGAAGAAUCUUCUCAAGAUCGUCGAUAUGUCCGACGUUUUAGAGAAGAAGAAACUGGGAACUUCCGUCAAAAUCGCGAUGUUGUACAGCGUCAACGCGGGGAAACUUUGACAUCUGAGAACGUUCAACGAGAACGUGAUGAGACAAAUCGUCAUCGAGAACAAGAACGAAAUGAAGAUUCAAAAUUAUACGCAAGAAGGGACCAAGUGGAUGACACGCGUUUAACUCGCACUCAAAGAUCUAGUGAAAGAAGCAAUGAAAUGCGCGACUCCAAUGAACGAAAUAUUGAACAACGGCUUGAUGCCAAACGCUUCCGACGUAACGUACCUGAAACCAUAAGAAUGUUUGAAGCACGGCAGAAAAGUGAACGAGACAAUAUUGAUUUAUACAGCGAUGCUACCAGAAAAAUUCGAGACGAUUUUGAAAUAUUAUCUGAAAAAGACUAUAGAACACAACAGAACGAAUCUUCCUAUUUGUUGAAUACCGUCAAAGUUUUAUUGGUGACCUUGUUGGUCGCUCAGAUGUUUGCUAGUUCUUCUAAGACUAAAAACUGGGCAAAUGUGAUGAGCUUCCAGAGGAAACUGAAAGUUUGUUAAGAUGUUUUAGAGUAAUUUAUUUUGUUAGUAGUAGCUAGAUGGAUCGAUAAAUUUGUUGACGACCGCUAUGUUAUAGGAUCACUCUCUAGUCGAGCUUUAGCUUAGAUUAACAAGUUAUCAAGUAGAAUUAGAACAAUCUAUAUAUAUAUAAUUAACGUAUAUCUAUGGAAACAUUCGUAUUGUUUAUGCUAUAUUGUACGCCCCAAAACUUACAAACUUACUUAUUGUAGUCAAAUUUUAUGCAUAUAAUAAAUAUAUUGUAUAAUCUAA